AUGAAGGGGCUUAGUCCGAGCCUCUGCCGACAAAUUUCGCACACUACCACAGAGGAAGAGACGAAGAGGUGCUUCAAUCGACCCUCAAACCUUACCGCAUAUCGUGCUCACGGGCAACAGAAAUAUUCAGUCGCUUCCUCUCUGUUCUUCAAUCCAUUCAGUAUUGUCAAAUGCUCCCAAACUGGCAUCUUCUACCUCGUUUCAUAUCUCUGUUCAGUUAAGAUGGUCUUCUACGAGAAAUCAAUUCCUCAGUCAUCAAUUCUGACUGGUCCUGUCGCUGCUGUGAGCUGGAGUACUGGGUGCAGUUAUAGAAGGCUUAAAUCACGCCUUGAACCAGCUGAAGAGGUAAAGGAACCGUUCCCCUUGAAAGGACCAGCACUAUAG